AUCCAAGAGUUGACUGACGAAACUAGCAAACUGCAUUGCUCACCCAAGUGCUUCAGUCCCUUAAACUAUAUACAGCUCCUUCUCCACUUUGCUCCUGAAUGAAAACCCUAAUCAGAUCUAGAGAUCCAUAAAUUCCAAAAGUUCCCGAUUUUGGUCGAGCAAAAUCUAGAAAAUGUACCAGUCACCAAGCAGAUAGCAAGCUCCCAACAAAACAAAAACCCAUUAAAAUUCAUUUGUCAGGCACUAUCUUGGUAACUAAGUGAAGUUGGCGAGGACAAGAAAGUAGGGGGCAGAAGGCGGUGCAGAUAUUCAUUGAAGAGCUGGUCCCUUAUUUUUCGUUGCCGAAUUCCAAUCACGUCGUAGAGAUCAGGAAGCGAUGAACGGUUCUUUGCAGCAGAUCAAAACUACAGAUAGGGAAAAUGAGAACACAUCGAGGACAAAUGCAAGGCUGGAUUGUAAAGAUAGUAUUUACUAUUUGCCACUGUAUAAAGCAGCAAUAAAUGGUGAUUGGGUAGCUGCAGAGAGAAUUUUUCUUGAUGAUCACAGUGCAAUUACUGCUAAGCUUUCGAGCUUUGAGGAAACUGCACUCCAUGUUGCAGUUAGCACUGGCCGCUGCAACUUUUUCGUGCAGAAACUUGUUGAAAAAAUGCCAUUAGAUUCACUGGGAAUCGCAAAUAAAAUUGAUGAGACACCUCUUCAUUAUGCUGCAAUUGCUGGAAAUACGGAAGCUGCAAAGAUGUUGGUAAGGAAGAAGCCAGAGUUGGUGCACAAGACAGGCAAAUAUGGGUAUACACCACUUCAUCGAGCUGCACAGUAUGGCCAGAAGGAAACUGUCAGCUAUCUUUUAUCAGUGAACCGUAAUGAAAAUCCAAGUCCACUGGCUGGAAAACUUGGUGUCAAGCUUCUUAAUCUUCUUAUUACAGCUGAUUUCUAUGACAUUGCCAUUGAUCUACUGAAGUGCUAUCCCAUGCUUGCUCUUGAAGAAGACACUGAAGGGAACACAGCCUUAAUGAUAAUGGCUCGAAAGCCUCAGGCAUUCGAAAGUGGAACUCAUCUGGGUUUAUUCCAGCUCUUAUUAUAUCAUUUUUUUCCAGGUUCAAUCAGUAGAGCAAGCAAUGCUCCUAAAGGUGGAGACGUGGAAGAUCCUAGUGGAAGUUCUGAAGGGUUUGGACAGGAAAACAAGCAAUAUGCAUUUCUACAGAAGAUAAAGGACAUAAGGUUCAUGCAUUUGCAAGCAAUGGAGUUACUCAGACUCUUAAUUUCUGAAGCUCUAAAACAGAGUGAAGCAAAAGUUGAGAAGCUUUUAGGGAAUCCAGUACAAGUUGCAGCUACACUUGGGAUUCAUGAGUUUGUUACAGAGAUUAUUAGAGCUUACCCUCGAAGUGUUUGGCUUCCAGAUGAUCAUAAGAGAAAUAUUUUUCAUUUGGCAGUAUUGCACCGCCAGGAAAAAGUGUUCAAUCUCCUAUAUCAAAUGAGUUCAUAUAAACAUUUCUUCACGGUGUCGUAUGAUAAAUUUGGCAACAAUAUGUUACAUUUAGCAGGCACGUUACAGCCAUCAAAUAGAAUUUCGGGUGCUGCUCUCCAAAUGCAACGAGAGUUGCAAUGGUAUAAGGAAGUUGAAAAGGUUGUUCAACCGUCAUUCAAGGAAGAGAAAAACAAAGAAGGGAAAACUCCAGGAGUGGUGUUCAGUGAAGAGCAUAAACAAUUGGUAGGGGAAGGUGAAAAAUGGAUGAAAGACACAGCUUCAUCAUACACACUGGUAGCUGCUCUUAUGGUAACAGUUGUAUUUGCAGCAGCUUUUACUAUACCAGGAGGGAAUGAUCAAACUCAAGGGAUACCCAUUUUUCUAAAUGACAAAUCUUUCAUGAUUUUUGCCAUAGCAGAUGCUCUAGCACUCUUCUCUUCAUCCACUUCACUGCUAAUGUUUUUGGGUAUUCUAACAUCACGCUAUGCAGAAGAAGAUUUUCGUAGAGCCUUGCCAAUGAGGUUGAGUAUUGGUCUUAUUACACUCUUCUUUUCAAUUGCUUCCACAUUGGCAGCAUUCAGCUCUUCCCUUCACAUAGUUCUUUCUCAUAGAGUGAGGUGGAUUGUUGUUCCAAUUGGUCUAUUAGCUUGUAUUCCUGUUACCUUAUUUGGACUUUUACAAUUUCCUCUAUUGAUUGCAAUUGUCUCUUCCACAUUUGGACCUACCAUUUUUAGCAAGCAAAGUGAGGAAAUAAUCUUGUAAAACUAUUUUUUUCCCGUUUAUCAGGCCUAUUGAAUGAAAAAGCCAAAUAAAAAUAUUUGUGUGAAUUGAUGAUUAUACUCAAA